AUGACCGCACGUGGAAUGGCUCAGAGCGUUGCGGUCGCGGUGCGGUUGGUUUGUGGCGCACCCGUCCUGAACCGACUUGUGCGCAGGGACAUAAAAGACUAUUAAAAAACGGUCAAAAAGAGAAAUUCCCAUUGAGACUUCUUUUUAAAAAAUUAACAAAAAUAGGCCAGUUAUCGUAAAUCUUAAAACUUUCAACAACACUUGUUCAAGACCUUUUGAGCUUAAUGAAGUAAUGAUUUAUGACAUUUCAGUACUGGAUCGAUGAAUUUCUACAAUGGGAUCCGGCGAGUUAUGAAGGCGCCACUGAGAUUUUCCUCGCCAGUUCUGACAUCUGGAUCCCCGAAUUUUCGCUCUAUUACAGGUACUUUUUUUCUUCAUUUCCAUUCGAAAAGAAGUUUCAAGAAUUUUGCUUGUUCCAGAGUAGUUUUGAACUGCAUCUUUUUCAAUUCAUUGGGUUUUAACAGAUCAAAAGAUGAAGUAGGAAAGUUCAGAGGAUUUUUAUCGAUUGGCGUAUAAUUUAAUCAGAAGAGGUAGGAAGAAUAGGCUUGAUAGUCUCUUCUAGCAUCCAUUUCUCAUCAAAUCUACCAGGAAAUGGCCUUCGGACGCAGUUUUCAUGUUUUCACGCUUCGAAACUCAAAAAAGGAGCACUUGUACAAACAUAUCCGAAAAAAGAAAAAAUUGCAAAAAUACUUUGCACAGCGCUGGACCGAACUUAUGACCCUAUUCCUACUAUGCCGCCGUCUUCCCUGCUGCUCUAAAAAAGCCAUUGCUGCAGGAAGCCACCGGAUCGCAAUACGACACCGCGCCCGCGUUCUUUUAUGUUUGGCGGGGCUUCGAAAAGUCAUAUCUGCGCUCCAAAUAUUUUUCCCUAAAUAAUUUGCUACGAAAAGCCCCAAAAUGAUUCCCAAAUAGAGUAACCAUUUCGAAGUUCAAAAUUUCAAAAAAUGACGAGAUUAUCGAUUGUAAUCGAUUCUUAACGAACAAUUAGAAGUAAAUUGGGUUGGAAAGGAUUUCGUGAAUUUUCAUUCAUACUUUGAGAUUUGCUAAGCUUUAAAAAGAGGAUUUAUCCGUCAAAAUCAAGCUUCAAAGAACCAAUCUCUAUCAAAUUGGGCUUGAAAGGACAAUUUUGAAAAUCAUAAUUCAAUUUUCAAAUAAAUCGGACGGCAAGACGUUUCUAAAAUCGAUGAAAAGAGCUUAAAAUAACAAAUUCAAAGCUUAAAUUUUCAAGUUAUGAUUAAGAAUCGAUUAAAAUCGAAUAUCAUACAGAACAAUUAGAAGUAAAUUUGGUUGGGAAGGAUUCAAAGUUUCGUGAAUUUCCAUUCAAAAUGUGAGAUUUGCAAGGAAAGCCUUUAAAAAAAGUAGGAUUUGUCUGUCAAAAUCGAGCUUCAAAAGUAACUUUUUUUAUCAAAUUAGGAAGAUUUCAAGAACGAUUAGAAGUAAAUGUAUAUGGGAAUAAUAAAAACUUCUCCUAGGCUUUGAGAUUUGCUAAAAAGUGGAUAUUCCCUGUCUCGAAAUUCAGCUUAUCUCCGCUCAGAGUGUACCGUGACCAUUUCGAAGUUCAUAAUUUCAAAAAUGACGAGAUCAUCGAUUGAAAUCGAAUCUUAACGAACAAUAAGAAGUAAAUUGGGCUGGGAAGGUUCGAUGAACUGGAAGAAAUCCGACGGACGACGCCAAGACGCUUCCAACAAUGAGAUGAGGAAGAAUAAUACGAACGAGUGUGUUGGUUGGUGGUGGCAUUGAUCGCACCCAAGGACAACAUUUCUUGUUCCCUUUCGCUCGGGGUUUUUUCGAAACCCAAGUUUUUUCCCUUUUAUGUUUGAUCUUCCUUACGAGGAGGCGCUUGAGAAGUUCCUGGAAGAUUCCUACUUUUCGAGAAGAUAUUCUUUAACUUGGGAACGCCAGAGUGGCCCCUAGAGGGGCGACUGUAGGGGGGACUUGAAGAUACCCCUUUAGGGGCCACUAUAACUCUCAAAGUAUACAAAACUUGUAGUCAAAAUUUGCAUAUGUUCUUAUUUUUCGAGAAGGAACUCAAGGACCUCAGAAUGGCCCCUAGAGAGGUGACUAUGGGGGCACUUGAAGACACCCCUUUAGGGACCACUAUAGCUCUUGAAUUUUGAAGAACUUGAAGCUAAAAUCUGCGUAGAAUCCUACUUUUCGAGAAGUAACUCAGGAACGCCAUAGUGGCCCCUAGAGGGGCGACUGUAGGGGAACUUGAAGAUACCCCUGUAGGGACGACUAUAUCUCUUGAAGUUUUAAGUGAAAAUCUGCAUAGGUUCCUAUUUUUCGAGAAGGAACUCAGGAACGCCAGAGUGGUCCCUAGAGCGGUCCCUAGAGUGACUUCUUUGGGGACAUUAACAGAUUCCCCUCUAGGGACCACUAGAGCUCUUAAAGUGUGAAGCCGAAAUCUUCAUAGAUUCAAACUUUUCGAGAAGGAAUUCAGGGACGCCAGAGUGGUCCCUAGAGGGGCGACUUUGGGGGCUCUUGAUGGUUCUCCUUUAGGGACCACUAUAGCUCUCAAAGUAAACAGAACUUGAAGCCGAACUCUGUAUAGAUUUCUAUUUUUCUAGAAGGAACUCAGGAACGCCAUAGUGCCCCCUUCGAGAAGAGUGGUCCCUAGAGGGGCAACCUUGGGAGCAAUUAAAGAUACCCCUUUAGGGACCACUAAAGCUCUUAAAGUGUGAAGCCAAAAUCUGUAUAGAAUUCUAAUGUUUGAGAAGGAACUCAGGAACGCCAUAGUGGCCCCUAGAGGGGCGACUGUAGGGGAACUUGAAGAUUCCCUUUUAGGGACCACCUCACCUCCCCCUCUAGUGGGUACCGAAGCUUGAAAAAAUGGCCACUCUAGGGAAGCUGUAAGGAACUUUAUGAGAGAAACCCUUCGAUUUUUUAAUUUAAUGAAAAAUAUCUACAGAGUAUGAAUCGUUUCGUUAAGAAAAAAAAUUCGAAAAUCCCUAAAGAGACCACUCAAGCUGUAGGAGCUCAGGAUCAGACUCAAAUCCUUAUAGGGACCACUUAAAUCUUGCCCCUCUAGGGGCACCUACCACUGUUCAGUUCAAUAAGGAUUUUCCAUUCCAGUAAUCGUAAAAUAAAAAAUUUUCCUUUUUCGGUUAGUUUUUUAUGCAGAAGGGGAUUCAUUGAUUGAUCCGAAGAAAAGUUUUUUUUUUAUCGACUUUUGAAGGAAAUGAUACUGUACAGCUCUUGAAAUGAGGUUUUUGCCAUUUUUUAUGAAAAGUAGCUUUUUUUGAAGGCUAGGAUUUGUCAAUUAUUUAAUAAGAAACUGCUGGAAAUCGAUUUUUGUGAAAAGAUGUACUACAAAAACUCGAUAAAUAGGGCCGAAACUGAAAAAGUAAGGACGGCAAGACCGAGAAAAACCACCCCCGGGUGGAACCGCGAAACGACCAAAAAAAUGGGCAGGUUGCUGUUACACAACCCAUCAACUGGACGGAAAGAAAAAGCCGAAAAAAACUUGAAAAAGCAAUUUGUUUGCGGAAUUUCCCCUUACACAAAUUCUCCCCCAUGUUGUGAUUAAUGAUAUGAUUAGCUACGCUUAUUCCCCCCGCCCCCCUCGAUUUCCCGUUAAGGGUGUUGGAAAAAGAUGGAUCGGUGAAGCUUGUUUUUUUGUUGUAGUUUGACUUUUUCCAAAGUUCAGUCUGUUUAAAAAUGUUUUCUGAAACACAAAAAUGAGAAAUGUUCAUAAAAAGGCUUUUUCGAAACCUUUUUUUCUCAAAUUUCUGCAUGUCCCUUUAAAUUAUCUAGAGGAUUUUUUUCAAAAUAAAUCUAUAAAAAUGAAAUUUAAGCUAUUUUUGAAUACAAUGGAGCUUGAAAAAAUAGAUUUCAAGGGAACAAAAGUGAAAAAACUGAUGAGAAAAAAUAGCCUUAAAAUUUCCAACCUUGUGCGCUCCAUUGAGAAUACUACUUUUUCCAUUUCCAGCAAAUUUUGAGAUCCUUCUGUACAUCAAUUCUAUUGAAUUUCUUAUAAAAACAGAAAAAAAGGCGAAAAAGAUUUCCAGUUUUUUUGAAAAAUUCGAUUUUUUUCUCGAAAAAAAUUCAUGAAACUUAGGUUUUUCAAAUACGAUAUUCUUAAUUUUUUUAAAAAAAGAUUUUUAAAAAAAUCAUCCGUUACCAAUAAAGCUGUUUCAUCCGAACAAUGUGCGCUCCAUGGAUAAAUUUCUGGAUUUCCAAUUUUUGUGCACAAAUUUCUAUGUAGCUAAUGUCACGUUACGCGAAAUUCAAAAAAGCCGUUAGAAAAAGUGAAUUUUAGAGGGUCAUCCAAGAAAAUUUGUAUUUAGUUUGAACUUCAACGACGCGGUGCGGUUACAAACGAACAACGACGCCCGGGUGAACUACACGGGCCACGUCCGCUACUACAUCCCCUUCAGUUCCGAGUCGCUCUGCAAAUUGGACGUCAAGUUCUUCCCGUUCGACGUGUUCGUUUCCUUUUCCUUUUUCCGCAACUUUUCGAGUUUUGGUCUGGAAAAAAAAAUAGAAAGUUCGAUCUAAAUGUUCUGCCAAGCACCAGAGUGGUCCCUAGCGGGGCAGAGGCCCUUGAAGGCUCCAUAUCUCACCCUAUAGGGGACACUGGAGCUUGCAAAAGUGGCCACUCUAGGGAAUUCGUUAUUGUUACCUUUUCCUUGUAACUAGACGAGAAAACCAUUUCAAUGCGAUUAACUAAAAGAUCACUAGAGGGACCACUUUAGGGCUUCGGGGCCACCCUUCGGACUCCUAUAGGGACCACUUUAGUUUUAUCCCUGUAGGGACCACUUAAAGCUCUAGGGCUUUUGGGUCACACAUUGAACUCCUUUAGGGACCACUUGAGCUUCUUUUAGGGGCUCAGAAAUCAGACCCUGAACCCCUAUGGAGAACACCUAAAUCGUAUCCCUAUAGGGGCCACUUGAGCUUUAGGUGCUUUUGCGUCAGAAUCUGAACCCCUGUAGUCGGCACCUAAUUUUUAUCCCUAUAGAGGCCCCUUUAAAGCUGCAGGGCUUCAGGGCUCAGGCUUUGAACUCCUAUAGGGACCACUUGAGUUUCUGGGAGUUUUAAAUGAAGAAAAGGAAAAUUAUUAUUCAGGAACAAAAAAAAAUCGUUUUCUUUAGAAAAUUCUUCAAAGGGGAAAAAAAUAAACGUUUUAUUAAAAAAUCAACUUUUAUUCCAACUCUCUGAAUUUUAAAAUAAGCUUUGAACACAGAAUUUUCGAAAAUUCGAAAAAAUAUCGGUUUCCAGACAAGAAUGCACACUUCUCUUCGGCUCCUGGGCUCAUUCCAACGAUUCGAUCAAAUAUUCGUUGUAUUCCCAAAACUUGUCCCUUAUUGAUUUCUAUGACAAUCAGGAAUGGGAAUUAGAUAUGGUGGGUUCUUUUUUCCCGAGUAUUUGGGAAGUUUUUCAUGAUUUUGAGCCAAAGUUUGAAGAAGCAAUUUGGGAAAAUAGGCCACGGCCUUACUUCCCAAAUUUUCGCAAUUUUCUAGUCUCUGAAGCCAUUUUUUGGGCGAAACUCAGAAAAACGAUUUGAACAGAGAGAAAAAAAAAGUCGCAGCCUAGUUUUCCAAACCGUGUCCCUUUUGAAAUUCAAAUUCCCGCCAGGGGCCAUUUUGCGACUUUUCGACAAAGAAUGGGUUUUUAUGAAAAUAUAUAAUGCUUUUUCGAAAUUUGAAAGGUUUAAUUUUGUUUUCCAAUGCCACGGCCUUACUUUUCCAAAUCGUGGCCCUUUUCGAAUUUCAUAUUCCCGUCAAGAGCCAUUUUGCGUCUCUAGGAAAAAAAUUGUUUUUUUAUGAGAAUUUAUUGAGUUUUUCAAAUUUCAAAGGCUUCAGUUUGUUUUUUUCAAGGCUAUGGCCUAACUUUCCAAAUCGCUCUUUUUUUGAAAAAUUUCGAUUGCUUUUUUUAUAAAGAACCACUUCCAUACACUUUUUUUGAAUUUUAAACUUGAAAAAUAUAAAAAAAUUUCAGAAGAACAGUUCGGUGACGUCCAACGGCUACCUCUACGAUUAUUUAGACCCGCCCCUUUUCUGGGAAAUGAUUAUUAUCACUUUAGUCGUACGACGGCAAAGCUUUUACUACGGUAAGUGAUCAGGAAAAAAAUUUUUUUGAUUUUUUUAACCAUAUGAUUUUUUGGACGAAACUUAAAUGGUUCAAGAGUACUAUAAAUAUUUUCAAAGGAGUCUUUAGAAGUUAAAGAGCGUUGAAAAGUGAGAGACGUUUCUUUUUUUCUCUGCAGGCUCUCUUAGAGACUGUUCUGAAAUCAGCACCAAAUUUUACUGCCUAAUCCAGCGCGAGAGAAAAGCGAUAUCGCUGACGAUAUCGCAAAAGUGCUGCUGUAUUCCCGCGGUGAAUUCGCAUUUUUCUUUGCGCGAUAUCGCUCGUCCCUCGCUUACGGCAAAUUUACGACAUCGCAAAAGUCCUGCUUGUGCUGGUUACGCUUUCUCUAAGCGCGAUAUCGCCUUUCUCUCGGAGUCAAAAAAAAUGCCGAUAACCAAAUUUCGAUGUCGCGUCAAGGAAAAUGCAAGUGCGACUGCAAAGAACUUUUGCGAUAUCGCAUUUAUCUCGCACUCUAAAAAAUUGCAAAUUCCCAAAAAUCGAUGUCGUGUCAAGGGAGUUUCAAGACCGGCGCGGCUACAGAGCAGAACUUUUGCGAUAUCGCAUUUCUCUCGCACUCAAAAAAAAAAAAAUGGAAAUUCCCAAAUUUCGAAGUCGCUUCAAGGAAAAUGCAAGUGCGACUGCAAAGCAGAACUUUUGCGAUAUCGUCAUUGUAUCGGCAGCGAUAUCGCGUUUAUCUGGGCAGUUUUUUUAGUGGGGUUUUCUUUGAUUUUGAGCCCUCAGUUCUCGAAAACUAGGAAGUUUUGCAGGUUUAGAUUUCCAGGAUCCAAUUUUUAAAAAAAAAUUGUUCUUUUUUAAUUUUUCCUACGAUUUUUUGGAUUUUCAGUGUUCAAUCUGGUGAUACCAAGUACGAUGAUAACGCUCGUUUCUGUGAUCGGUUUCCAUACGCCUAGCACUAGUGGAAAAUUAAGGUAAUAAUUUUUCGUCCUUCUGAAUUUUCAUUGUUAAAAUUCUAUGACCAAAACUCGAAUUUUGGCCUGAAAAGUUGGUGAAAGUAGCCAGGAGUACCUUAAAUAACUCAAAAAGACUUUUUCGCGCCAAGAACUUCUUUGAAAUAUUGGCUAUGCUCCUUUAAAAAGACUAGCAAACUUUCUGAACUAAGAGUGUGAGGCGUAGUUAUUCUACCACCUCUAGAGUGGGUGUGAAAUUUUUUUUUCGAUUAAUCAGUUUUAAAUAUUUUUCCUGUUUCCAUUCAGAGUGAAAAGAAAUGUUUAUAGAGAUCAGUAUUAGUUUCCGUAGGGGAAUUUUUCAAACAUUAGAAACCAUGUAGAUAGGUCGCAUGUGGAAUGUCUCAAAUCGCUUUGAAAUGGCGCCCGACCAAAAACGACUUGCGCGCCUUGGUAUCGAAGAGGGCGUUUUUAUCAGCUUUGAGCCAUUCCAAGUGCGACCAAAAACUGAUUUUUUUUUUCUAUUCCACUCGCCAUAACUUGGAACCCUCUGACAUCUCUGCACUCUCUUUUUCAAGCGUUGUUUUCAUUUUCUGAUCGCCUGCGAGAGAAAAGAGAGCGCAGACAGGUCAGAGCGUUCGAAAAUAUUUUCGAGAAGGCUUAUAAAUCUGGGGGCCAUAAGAUGUUACUUCUCUUUGUUCAAAAAUUGAUAGAAUCAAACAAAGUUCAUCCCUAAAUUUUUAGGGACGCCAAAUUCCGACUGGGAAUCAUGACCCUGAUGAGUAUGUCCGUCAUUCUUCUGGCAAUCGUCGAAGACAUGCCCAAAUUCAGUAUGGGAACUCAUCGGAAAGGCCGCGGCUCCUUCUCGGGAAUCCCUCUGAUUGGUGAGGCUUUUGCCCGAGUUUCUCCCGUUUUUGGGCCUUGACAAAAGUUCAACUUAUAAAAACUCUUAGUUUUCGAGAAAAAGACCUCUAUAGGGACCACUUGAACUCAGGGGCUUGGGCGUCAGACCCCAAACCCUUGUAGGACCACUUGAAUUUUGUACUUGAACUAUUUUUUCCCACGAUACUUAGGAACUCCAGAGUGAUCCCUAUAGGGCCCCUUUAGGAACCAUUUUACCAACCCCUAUAGGGGCCACUAAAGCUUGCAAAAGUGGCCAAUCUAGCGUUUUUUUUUUUGAUUGCUAUGAAAUCUAAGCGAAGAAGCAUUUCCAUUAGGACAAACUGAACAAAUAAGGGUUUUUUGAAUGAAAAAAAUCAUCGAUUUUUAUUUUACAAGCCACUACUCAAAUAUCUAGUCAAAAAUUCUUAUGAAAAAUUUAAAAAAAUGAGAAUUUUUUUCACAAGCUAAUACAUUUUUUUCUCUACUAUUUUUCUCUAAUGGACAGUUAAGGUCAGAUAUUCGAGAAAAAAAUUUCAAGACUAGAUUUUUUCUGAAAUUCACUGUUCAAAGGUAGGACUUGUAAAAUUGUAUUUUUUUGAAUUUCAAUCAAAAAAAUAUUUUUUUAAUUGUUCAAGAGCAAAAACCCUUCUUCUGUGAGAACAUUAUAGUCGACGUGCCACGAGUUGAAAUUUCAUGGAACGACACUCCGCUCGGUGGCCUUGUGGUCGUGAAAAAUCAAUGCCUUUGCGGAUCUCGGUCACGCUUUCCCCUUUUAUAAUUUGCCGUUUUCAAAUACAUUUUCUUUGAUAAUUCUUUAGUUUUAUGAACUUUUUGGCAGUGCAAUGGAUGAAUAAAGUUUUUCGGAAUGCCAAUAAUUCAACCAGGGGAUAAAUAAGCAGUGAAAAACGUUAUAUUGACUGAAACCGAUCUUUCUAUUUCAUAGUGCGUACACGUCUUCAUUUUAUAAGCCACUCACUUUCUGAAAUAAUCCAUUAACCAAUGUAACAAACAGGAAAAAAACGAUGAAAACAUUGAAACAUGGCUUUGACAAAAAAUUAGCGUGGCCGAGAUUGGUAAAUUCGCAAGAUGCGCGCUACCGCACAAAUCGACACAGCGGAGUGUCGUUCCAUGAAAUUCCAACUUGUGGCACAUCGACUGUAUAUAUACGGUUUUUUUUCGUCAGAAAUUCUACUUGAAGCCUUGAAAAUCGUUUUUCCAAAUCCAAGGCUGAAAAGUACUUAUUCAGAAAACAAGAUAAAAAGUCCAAUCAUAACUUCCAUUUUUGUUGUUUCAAAUUAGCGAACGAGAUUGGAGAGAUGAGCGUCGGAAAGAAAUUUUCAUUUAUUAUAAUGCUGAAGAGAAACGUAACCUUCCCUGGUCGGUAUGAAAUGCUUUUUUUUUGAUUUUUCGUGAUUGAUUUUUCAAAAGAUUGGAAGAAAAUACUUUUUAAGGUUCAAAAAAACCCUUUUUUUGAAAAUAAAAUAAAAAGAGACUUUUUGAGCUCAAAAAUAGCCUUCAAAGCGUUGAAAAAGUUUUAUUUAGGCUCGAAAAGUUGAAAAUAAACCAUUUUCUGCAAAAAUCCUAUCCAUUUAUUUUUGGAUGAUUUCGAAACUUACUCGUUAUUGUUAAAGUUCGACGUCGAGAGAUCUUGUAGACCCCUGUAGGGUCCACUUGAGGUAAGACCUUAAACCCUAUCGGGACCACUUUUUCGACUCCUAUAGGGGUUUUUUUCGCCCCUAACCCCUAUAGGGACCACUCUGGCGUUCUUAAGAGCAUUGAAAAUCAUCUAGAUGAAUCGGCAAGGCCCCUGAAAGUGACAAAUGGGAUCGUAGCCCAAAAAAUGUUCAGAAAAUUCCAAAAUUCACACUUCCGUUCUCAGGCCUGUACUACUUCAUCUUGUUGGCCAUCAUCGGCCUGAGCACGGUCACGACGUCGAUGUUCGUCUUUCUGGAGCGCGACGUUCGGGCGAAACACGCGAUCCCCUGGUACCUCACCUGGCUGUCCUUCGAUAUCAGUCCCCGUCGAUUGGCGAGGUGAUUUUCCUAUGAAUUUAUAGAAAAAGGGUCCGUAAAACAGCCCUCGGACAUUGGUAACGUGCUCCGGACGUUUGUGACGAUUCUAGGGAUCAUUUAAGAGUGCUGACGCUACUAAAGUGGUCACUAGAAAUGCCCACGUUUUCUAGGGAUCACUUUAGUAGCGUCAAAACUCUUAAGUGAUCCCUAAAAUUGCCCAGUAAAGUCAGUUUUGCGUCACCAGUGUCCGAGCCUGAAAUGACAAAAGUAAGAAAAUUUCUUAAAAAUUGCCCAUGGAGCGCAGAAGCUCAAUAUUCUACAGCCAUUUUUUCAGAAUUUCUCGCUUUCAUUAGCAUAUUUUUCAAAUGAAAAAAUGAAAUCUAAAAACUCAUCAAAUAAAUUUCCAAACCGUCCGAAAAAUCUUUCUCCAUGGAGCGCACAAGCUCAAUCUUUCACAGCCUUUUUUUCGCAUUUUUUUAAAGCCGAGUAGAAAUUUGAGCUUUGUUGGAUCCCUAAAGAAAUCCCUGAGAAUAUUUAGUUUAGUUUGUCGAAAAGGAAUAUGAAAUGAGUAAGAAAACAAGAAGAAAAAAUAAAUGUGAUUUUUUUAAUUGAAUAAAAUUUCAGGAAAAUAUCCCGGUACCGGCCGCAGCAAUAUGGCGAUCCACCGUCUGUAAGCUUCAAUUUCUAAAAAAAUUAUUUUCUGCAAUAGGACUUUUCGCAUGUUUAUUUUAAAUUUUUAUCGAUAUUUUUAAUAAUCAGUUGCGCUCCAGGAAAAUAUUGAAAAAGUCUCGGACCUUGGUAACGUGAACGGGACGCGAAUCGGACGUGUCGGGGCAUUUUUAGUGACCAUUUUAGUAGCCUCAGCACCCUUAAGUGACCCCUAGAAUCGCCCAGAAACGUUUUCCAACGUCCGAGGAAAUAUAGUAGUUUCAAAAAAAAUGGUUUAUAAUGAAAAAUGACUUGAAUCUUUUUCAACUUUCAAUAUUUCAUAGUUCGACUCUCCAAGAGAUACUUGAGAACCCUCGAGUGAUCCCUAUAGGCUUGAGGAGAGUGAAUAGUGCUCCCUAGAGGGGUGAAAUUUAGGCGGUCCCUAUAGAGGUUUUGGAUAGGACCCUCAUUUCAAGCCCCUAAACCUUGAGUGGUCCCUCUAGGGGUCUUCUAACUUUUGUAACAUGCUCCCCUAGAGUGACAACUAAUCUAACUUCUUAAGUGGCCCCUAAAGCGGUCUUUCAAUUCUCGUUCAUAUUUUAAAAAAACGUGUGUAGAGACCAAGAGCAUCCUCCCCUAGAAUGACCACUUUUGCAAGCUUCAGUGCCCCGUCUAGGAGGAGGGAAAGUGGUCCCAAGAGGGGAACUUGGAGUGCCCUUCAGGGACCGCUCUGGCGAAAGUUCGACAAAAAGCUAGCCGCGGCUCAUUUUUUCUCAUUUUUUUUGCUUUUUUUUUAGCCGCAUGAGCUUCAGGAGCAUUUGCUUUCGAACGGCCACGUGCAGUCCGGAAUCCGGGACAAGGCUCGCGGAGUCGCCAGCUCACUGCUGUCGUUGCUCCCGCGCAACGCCGAGAACACCAACAGCCCCUUUCACAUGCACAUGCAUACGGUACCCGUUCAACAGGUCUUUUUCAUUUUUUUAUAAAGCUUUUUUUUCAAAAUUGGUCAUGACUGCUUCUUCUUCUUCGCAUCAGCUGGAGUUGGAAACUUACGAAAAAUGACAAACCGAGCUUUUUUGACUAGAGCUUUACGCCCCUCGGCCCAAAAAUGCAUCAGAAGGCCUCAAAAAAUGCUAUAUUUUUCCCUGAUUUCAAAAAUACCUAAUACGGCAGUCAUUCUGGCCAUUUUGAGCUCAAAAAUUGGUCCGAAAUACCCAAUUUCGUGCUUUUCACGACCCUCAGCCAGAAAAAUGAAGGAAUAAAGUAUUUCGAACCGAUUUUUUUCAAGUCAAAAUGGCCGAAAAGAGAGGCUUUUCAGGUAUUUUUUAGAGAAUUUACAAAGAAAAGUGUUUCAAAAUUUUCCUUAAAAAUCUCGGAAAUUGGUAACGCGAAACGAACGUGUUGGGGCCUUUCUAGUGACCACUUAAGUAGCGUCAGCACCCUUAAGUGAUCCCUAGAAUUGCUCAGGAACGUCGGGUUUUCGUUUCCGAGGUCCGAGAAUGCCAAAACGUUUCAAAAUUUUCGAUUUGGCACGUAAAUGUCGCUAAAAAUCGCCGAAUUACCCCUCGACUCUGCAUUGAGAGUUAUAUUCAAGAGUUCAAAAAAUAAACUAAAAUGAUGUUUUUACAGGACGGUACGCCGCCAAGAGAAGCCCUGCGACGGCGGCUGAGCAUGUCGCAAUACGACAACAUGGUUUUGUAUCAAUACUAUGAGCAGGCUCUUGAGGACAUUGCCAAUUGCAUGACGACGAUCGAGAAGAGCGUCGAUGGAAUAAGGUUCUCAUUUAACACGCUGUCUCCGUUAUUCUAAAAAAUUUCUAAAAGCAACGGGUACAAUAAAAAAAAAAUAUGUUUUGAUUUGGAUGAAACUUCACCCAGUGUGAUACCCCAUCAUCAGAAAUGCGGACCCAACUUUUUGAGCCAUUUCUUCUUACUGUAGCCGGGUUACGGUAGGCAGGUGGGCACCUGCGUAUCUCAGUAUUGAAGAGUUUUUACUAGGCGAGUGAUAUAUCAAUCGAUAGGUAAUCCAAUUUCAAGAACUUUUACAGUACAUACCAUCUUGGGUUACGGUCGAAAAAUUUUGAGUUACGGUACUUUUUGGGUCUGCCGAGUCAGUUUUUCGACCACCAUGAGCUUGAGCCAGGAGAUCCAUUCUUCCUAACUUCUCAAAAGAUACCUUAUGAGAAGCUGUACAAGCUGGUACUAGUUUGAAAAAAUCCUAGGUGGACCAUCAUUUCGUAAAAUCGCCCCGAAGGCGCGCAAUCGUGGUCUUGCGGCGGCCAAGUGGGUGAAGUCCAUGAUGCCGGACGGCUCAUUUUUCACAGAUCCAUUCCAAUCUUUGUUUCCAUUUCACUCAUAGAUGUCUAUUAUUGAUUUUUAUUUCAAUUUGAGAUGUUUUCGGGUUGACCAUCAUUUCGAAAUUUCAUUUUGAACCCAAAUUUGGCCUGAAAUGGCCGACUCGGCCUUUUUCACGGGAUCCCUGACUUCGUAUGUGACCGUUCUCAACUUUUUUCUUUCUUAAACAUGAACAAGAGUGCCUGAACAACAGUUUUAUAACAAUCGGAAACCCUUUUGAGAGGACCAUCAUCUCGAAAUUCCAUUUUGAACCCAAAUAUCGGCUUAGUUUUCCCAUUUGAAGUUUUUAUCAUUUACAGCAAAAUCUAGUCUGCCAAUUUAUUUUCAAAACAGGUAAUCAAAAAUGAGAAAUGUGAAAUACCAAGUAAUUUUUUUCAUGAAAGAGAAAACCCGACACUCUGACCACCGGUGAGGUUGAAACUUAACUUUCAAGGUGAUUUUUUAUAAAUGUUUUUAUUAUAACCUAAAUAGUAGUUCUAAAUCUUCAAAAUUUUUCAUACCUAAAAAACAAGACAUUCGUCAUGUGACUAUUUUUGUGAAAAAAUAACCAAAAAAAAAUUGGGUUCAAAAUGAAAUUUCGAGAUGAUGGUCCUCUCAAAAGGGUUUCCGAUUGUUAUAAAACUGUUGUUCAGGCACUCUUGUUCAUGUUUAAGAAAGAAAAAAGUUGAGAACGGUCACAUACGGGGUCAGGGAUCCCGUGAAAAAGGCCGAGUCGGCCAUUUCAGGCCAAAUUUGGGUUCAAAAUGAAAUUUCGAGAUGAUGGUCCUCUCAAAAGGGUUUCCGAUUGUUAUAAAACUGUUGUUCAGACACUCUUGUUCAUGUUUAAAAAAGAAAAAAGUUGAGAACGGUCACAUACGGGGUCAGGGAUCCCGUGGAAAAAGCCAUGUCGGCCCUUUUCAGGCCAAAUUUGGGUUCAAAAUGAAAUUUCGAGAUGAUGGUCCUCUCAAAAGGGUUUCCGAUUGUUAUAAAACUGUUGUUCAGGCACUCUUGUUCAUGUUUAAAAAAGAAAAAAGUUGAGAACGGUCACAUACGGGGUCAGGGAUCCCGUGAAAAAGGCCGAGUCGGCCAUUUCAGGCCAAAUUUGGGUUCAAAAAUGAAAUUUCGAAAUGAUGGUCAACCCGAAAAACAUCUCAAAUUGAAAUAAAAAAAUCAAUAAUAGACAUCUAUGAGUGAAAUGGAAACAAAGAUUGGAAUGGAUCUGUGAAAAAUGAGCCGUCCGGCAUCAUGGACUUCACCCACUUGGCCGCCGCAAGACCACGAUUGCGCGCCUUCGGGGCGAUUUUACGAAAUGAUGGUCCACCUAGGAUUUUUUCAAACUAGUACCAGCUUGUACAGCUUCUCAUAAGGUAUCUUUUGAGAAGUUAGGAAGAAUGGAUCUCCUGGCUCAAGCUCAUGGUGGUCGAAAAACUGACUCGGCAGACCCAAAAAGUACCGUAACUCAAAAUUUUUCGACCGUAACCCAAGAUGGUAUGUACUGUAAAAGUUCUUGAAAUUGGAUUACCUAUCGAUUGAUAUAUCACUCGCCUAGUAAAAACUCUUCAAUACUGAGAUACGCAGGUGCCCACCUGCCUACCGUAACCCGGCUACAGUAAGAAGAAAUGGCUCAAAAAGUUGGGUCCGCAUUUCUGAUGAUGGGGUAUCACACUGGGUGAAGUUUCAUCCAAAUCAAAAAAUAUUUUUUUUUAUUGUACCCGUUGUUUUUGAGAAUAACGGAGACAGCGUGUUAAAACCUUUGAAGUUAUAAUUAUUUUCAGAAACGACAUGGUCGCUCUGAUGCCUCAGGACAAUGCGAACGCAAAAUGGCCGACUGUGAUACGUCGACUCGAAGUCAUCUCCUUAAUUUUCUACGUAUCGGUGUUAUUUGUUACUAUGUAUCUUUUCUUCUAUCAUGACUGGUAUGUUUACUUAUUUUCUUACGAAAUUCAUUUGAUUUGAAGGUAUUGUGCAAUCGGCUAUAAUCCGUGCGGACAGCGAAAUUUCAAGUGCGCGUGGAUGGAGAGCAUUCCCGAUGAUCCCCAAUGCGAACACAAUUCGUACAAUUGA